AUGCAAGCGGUGCUGGCGGACCGCCACGUGUUUCGCGGGAUCACGGUCUUUCAAACAGGUUGGCCGGUCGACCUGCAUCCGUUUCACCAGUUUGUCCUGGCUCACUACAUCAACCGCGGCCCGAACCCACGGCAUUCGAGCGUGUGCCCAAACUUUCUCCUGCGACGGGAUCCUGCCUUCCUCCACUUGCAGCUCGAAGCGUUCGGGGCGAUCUUCGUCCCAUGGUAUGCCACGCGGACCCCGGCAGACCUCCCGCGCCUUCUCCGCACCUCCGACACCCUCUCGCUUGUUCUCCUUCACUGGGCGAUUCAGCACCACCAAGUCGACUUGUUUCACCACCUGUUUACCGUUCUCCAUGUCCCGACGUACGUCCAUCCAACCGCGAUCGCGGCAUUCCGCGGGUCGCUGCCGAUCAUCGAGUACUUGCAUACGACUGGAACGGGCGAGUUUUGUCCGCUCACGAUGGAGUGGGCGGCGCAGGGAGGGCACUUGGAUGUCGUGGAGUUCCUCCAUGUCCAUCGGACCGAGGGGUGCACGACCCAAGCCAUGGACUUGGCAGCGUGGUUUGGCCAUUUGGACGUGGUCCAGUUCCUCCAUACUCACCGCACCGAAGGCUGCACGACGAUGGCGAUGGACCAAGCGGCCACGUAUGGUCACCUGGACGUGGUGCAGUUCCUCCACGAGCACCGGACCGAGAGCUGCACGACGUAUGCCAUGAACAACGCUUGCUCGUUUGGUCACUUGGACGUCGUCAAGUUUUUGCACGUUCAUCGGACGGAAGGCGCGACGACCAGCGCAUUCAACUCGGCCGCGUGCGGCGGCUACCUCGACAUCGUCCAGUUCCUCUACGCCAACCGCACGGAAGGGUGCACCCAUCGCGCCAUCGAAGCGGCAGCCGAGUGCAAGCGCUAUGAUGUGUGCUUGUACCUGGCCGAGACACUCCCCCACCUCGUCAACCCGUCCAACUGUACAGUCAUGAUGGCGAUCAGCGAAGCAAAGUGGCGACGAGCUCAAGCUCGCCAGCGUGAGCAGGCCGAACUCACGGCCCACGUCGAUCUCGUCGAACGUCGGCCAGUCGAGUCGCCGGCGACUCCACCGUCCGCUUUGACGUCAUUGUGGGCACGACUGGUGGCAGCCACCGUACAGCGAGGAUUUGCACUCGUGCAAUACUUGGUCAAGUAG